AAUGCUUGCGUCCAAAAUCCCUGCGAGAAUAACGCAACAUGCCAAGCUGGGUUUACAGACAGAGAUUAUCAGUGUUUGUGUGUCGCUGGAUCUGGAUUUGAAGGCCAUGACUGUGAUGAAGACAUAGAUGAGUGUUUGAACGGAACAAACGGUUGUGAUGUGAAUGCUGAGUGUAACAAUACCCUGGGAUCCUACAAUUGCACGUGUAAAGAUGGAUUUGAAGGAAAUGGAAUUAACUGCACAGAGAAAGUAUGGUCUGUUUUCAUUUGCGAGGGAGAAAGAAGUACCAUAGGCUGUGGGAAGGAAAAAAAAAUCAACGUGGUGGAUGCAAAAUAUGGUGUAUUAGACCCAGACAAUUGCAACCAAACCACAGUUCAAAAUACAGACUACAAAGCUGAGAACUCUCUUGCCAUUGUACGGAUAAAGUGCAAUGAAGAAGCUAGUUGCGAGCUGCAUGCAGAUAAUUCAGUUUUUGGUCAUGAUUCAUCACGCCAGAACACAACUAAAUACUUGGAAGUCAAAUACAAGUGUGCGAAUUUAGCGUCACCUCGGUACGAGUCAAUUGGAUGCUUUAAAGACAAUACAACCAGUCCUGCCAUAGAAACGUUGGAAGGAAAAUGUGAUAUCUUGGAUGGUAACUACUCGACCAGGAAUGAUUCCAUCGACAAAUGUUUUCGUGCUGCCGAGAAGCGAGGAUUCCACGUCUUUGCGGUUCAGGAUGGUGGACGGUGCCAAGCCAGUGCUUCGGCCAUAAAGACGUUCCACAAGUAUGGCCACUAUCAGCAAUGUCCGCCUCAUGGUAGAGGAGGGAAACAAAUCAACCAUGUAUAUUACAUUAAGGACUUACAUUGUCAAGAAACACUUGGUAUGGAAAGUGGUACAAUCACAGAGGAGCAGAUAAGUGUCUCAUCCCGUGAACAGAAUGUCGGAAAAAGUGUAAGAUUACAUCAUACUGGGAAGACUUGGGUAGCUGAUAGGAAUCGUUUAAAUGAGUGGCUUCAGCUCGAUCUCAGAGCUCAACACACUAAAGUAACACGAGUAGCAACACAAGGAUCCAGUCAAGGGAAAUACAGGGUGAAGAAGUACAAGCUACAAUACAGCAACUAUGGAGUGAGAUUCCAGUACUACAGGGAACAAGGGCAAACAAUUGCAAAGGAAUUUAAUGGGAACGCAGACGAGAGCAGUGUUGUUUAUCACGACCUACAUCCACCAAUCACAGCAAGGUACAUACGUUUCCUACUAAUGGAGUUCGACAAAAAUAAGAUAUCAAUGAGGGUGGAACUGUAUGGAUGUCGGAAAGAAUGUGGAAGAUUUCUCGGCAUGCAAAGCGGUGAAAUCUCGGAAGAACAGUUAAGUUCCUCCUCAGAGAGAGACUCUAAUCACUCCGCCAAUCAGGGCCGACUUCAUUUUGUACAUUCUGACAAAACGGGAUCUUGGGCAGCUGCAAGCAAUGAUGCGAAUCUAUGGCUUCAAGUUGAUCUGGUUAUUCUGCACACUAAAGUGACACAUGUGGCAACACAAGGAAGUGAUGGACACCAGAGGGAGUGGGUUACGAAGUACAAUCUGCUGUACAGCAACGAUACAGAAAGGUUCUACAAUUAUACAAUCCCAAGACAAAAGACAGCGAAGGUUUUUCAUGGAAACACAGAUCAGAAUACCGUGGUUUAUCACGACCUUAACCCACCAAUCACAGCGCGUUACAUUCUUUUUAAACCAGUAGAGUGGCAGGAUUGGAUAUCAAUGAGGGUUGAACUGUACGGCUGUGUACAAGAAUUUACAGCUGUGUUUACAAACCUGGGUAAGAGUGGAUCUCAGGGUCCAGACGCAGUCGGUAGUCACUACACAGGUCAGGAUCAUGACGGACAAGUUACGGUGUCCAACGGUACUCAACUGUGGACUGUUCCACGCACUGGCGAAUACAGAAUAGAGGCAAUAGGAGCCUCAGGAGGGUACGAUGAGGACAGCGACAUCAAGAACGGAGGAAGAGGGGCAAGGAUGAUUGGAAACUUUAAUUUGAGCAAAAAUGAGAUCAUCCGUGUACUUGUUGGUCAAAAAGGGAGAAGAAGGAAGAACAACACCAAAAAAACCGCCGGAGGCGGUGGAGGUACUUUUGUGGUGAGAGGAAGCAACACACCUUUGAUCAUAGCUGGAGGAGGAGGGGGGAUUAGAAAAAUGUCAGAACAACAUCUGGGAUGUGAUGCGUCCAUUAACACAACAGGGAGUGCAGGAUAUAACACGCUACUGGGGACAGGAGGAAGCAGUGGACGUAAAGGAAAUACCACUGAUGAUCAUAAGUCAGGUGGUGGAGGUGGUGGAGGUGGUGGCUUCUUGAGUAAUGGAAAGACCGCACCUGGUAAGAAGAGACCACGUGGAAAAGUAGGUAAAGGAUAUCUCCAGGGGGGAGAAGGUGGAAAGUAUGGGGGCGGAUUCGGAGGUGGCGGCGGUGGAAGAAACAAAGGAGCUGGCGGCGGUGGUGGUUACUGUGGAGGAAAUGGAGGUGGCGGCGGCGGCGGCUUUAACGCUAAUGGGGGAGGAGGCGGUAAAGGUGGCAAAGGAUUUCUGAACGGAGGGAAAGGUGGAACGCAUAACGGUGGGUUCGGAGGUGGCGGCUCAAAUCCAGCUUACUAUGGGGGACCUGGCGGGGGUGGAGGUUACUCUGGGGGAGCUGGAGGUGACAACGACAAUCUCUCUUGUGGCGGAGGAGGCGGAUCUUUUAAUAGUGGAACAAAUCAGGAAAAUGAAUGUUGUUAUAAUACGGCUGGAAAUGGUAGAGUGACUAUCACGCUUAUCAAGUGA